UUUCAGAAUGUUCUGGAACCUUCCAGAAAGUUCGAGAAACCUUAACUUUAUUUUUCAAAGAAUUUUGGAAUCUGCUCACCACGUCAUGUCUCUCAUUUUGAUAACGGAAAUGCAAACUCUAGUGAAUCUCUAAUGUAAGACUCAACCACGUCAUCAAGUGUGUCACUAUGUUGGUCUAGCUAUAACCAUAAAAUGUCAGACUUUUCCUCUUUCUUCGCCGCACAAUAACUCCUGAGAUCCUUAUUCCUUUAUAUAAAGCACCCAUUUCAACUUCCACGAUCACUUUCGACAUGGGACACUUCCUGGUGUUCUCCAUACUGUUACUCCCCUUUACUGCCGGCCUAGACUCUGAAACAAACGAUCCCGUUUACAAAUUUGCCAUCGUCGAUGGUGAACCAAUAGUGUUAAAUGCGUCGUCAAUCAUCCAAGUGACUUCAUUCGAUGAAUGCACAGACAAGUGUUUGGAAGAAUUUGAUUGUGUCGUGGCAUAUCAGUCGAAUGCAUCAGAUCCUUGUUAUCUGUUCCAAUAUGAUUCAAUUCAAGAGAUCAAAAGUAAUGCAUCGGGUGGUGAGGGUCAAGUUGCAUUCAAAGUGUAUACUGAUCAACCAUCAUGCAGUUUGAAUGCACAGCUUCUCCUUAAUGGAAAGAGAUAUCCACUCUACCCCAACGACACUCUUGAUUACCUUUGGAAAAUCGACACUUCAGAAGAUGGAUGGAAGGUCACUUAUCUCAGAAAAGAACUGAACGACACUAUUGUCUGCGGCAACUUCUUACAUAACAGACCAUAUCCUGAUAGCUGUGAGACGGAAUGCAUGGAUACAAUGGUACAGGUCAACGCCAAACCGGGACCGUUAAUGGGGAGUCGUAACAUCAAAGACAAUUUGACAUCUUCGGAUGAAUGCGUGAAGUAUUGCUGGAAGGAUCUCAAUUGCUUUGUGAACUACUACGAUAAAGAUUCUAAGGAGUGUUGGUGGUGGUCGAUAGACAACGUGCACUUCCUGGAGAAAGUUCAUCCAUCGGAGAAUAAAGUCAUGGCUAUUAAGAUUAUCACGAGUAACUCGACUUGUGGUUUGACAACUGAUGAAUUGAUUAAUGGAAAGCACUAUUAUCUACCAUAUCAUCGUUUGAAACAAGCAUGGAACGCGAAUUUUUACAACGUGAAGACCACUGAUAAAUAUUACGUUGUCAACACAUACGUUAAUGAAGAAGCUACACUUGUUCGAUCUAUACCAGGAUGUCAAAUGCCGUUUGUUGGAACCGUAGCAGGCAAGAAUUUAUCCGAUGUCAACUGCUACAACGUCAUAAAUUCUUCCGCAAUAACUCAAGAACUCGCCAAAACUAUAUGCGGAAUGUGGGGUGGCGCACUGGUGACGGAUCGGUUCGAGGGUUAUAUGCAACGGUGUAGCACCGGUGAUGGCUGGCUCGCGGGAAUGAUGUUUAAUUGGCCUAUGCCAUAUGAUAAGCCAAUUUGGGGUUUCCCAGCCUGGAUGAAGCAACCGCUGAAGAUAUGGGUCGGGUUAGAAAAGAAUCUGGUUACUGGAGUUUGGGCAUGGGCAAGACCUGAUUGGGGUUAUCAGAAUAGUUACACGUUUGACACAUGUGAUCCUGAUACAGGGAAGAGACCAAUAACGACUACGCCUGGUGCACCGAUGACUUGGGCACCAGGGGAGCCUAAGAGUCAAGCGGGAUAUAAUUGUGCCUACCUCGAAUACAAAUACAAUAGUCCAUGGCCAGGAUACGCUAUGGUUGCCGCGCCAUGCAAUGAAUCACUACCAGACAUCAAUGGUUUCAUGUGUGGUGUAGAUCCUGAAGGAAAACAAGGUAUCCCUCCGAUGAAAUCGAUUGCGGAUCUAUAUGGUGUCCCAAUGGAUUCACUUCGCGGAUAUUUUGAUACUAAUUGGUGAUUUCGGAAUAAUCAAUAAAUUCUUUGUUUUUUCCUG